CACUUUCGCUUCUCUCUCUCUCUCUCUCCUUUUCCUCAUUAUCUCUUUUACCCAUGCCGUCCGAAUCAAACCUAACCCGAUCCGCCCGAGUUCAGGGCUCAACGGCUGCUUACCCACCUCCGAAUUUGGCGGAGCCACUGCCUUGUCCUCGUUGCAACUCCAUCAUCACCAAGUUCUGUUACUACAACAACUACAACCUCUUACAGCCUCGCUACUUCUGCAAGUCGUGUCGCCGUUACUGGACUCAAGGUGGUACACUCCGCGACGUCCCCGUCGGCGGUGGAACUCGCCGGAGCUCUUCCAAACGCAACCGCUCUUUCUCCUCCAACGCCACUACUGCCUCCUGCUCUUCUUCCAUCAUUACAACGGCCAACGGUUCAGAACCAAUGAACCAAGGAACCGUCACAAACGAAGCAAAGAGUAGUCAUGAAAUCUCAGGUUACGGGAGCUUUGCGUCUCUGUUAAGUGGGCAGAGCGACGGAGCCGCGUUUCUGGCGUUGGGAAACGGAAGUGCAAGCGGUGGGUUAGAUUACGGGUUUGGGUACGGGUACGGGUUGGAGGAGAUGAGUAUUGGGUAUCUUGGAGGAGGCUCUGGAGGAGAGAUACCGGUGGUGGGUGGUGGUGACACGUGGCAGAUUGGGGAGAUUGAAGGUAAAAGUGGGGACAGUUUAUGGCCUGGUCUCGAGAUCUCCAUGCAAAGCAACGGUGCUAAGUGAAAAAACCGUUUAUGUCUUCUUUCUCUGUUUCUGUCUUUUGUUUGUUUCCUUUUGGAAAUUUCUGUUUGUGUUUUUUUUUUUAUUCUUUCCUACUGGGAUAGAGAGAGACCAAAGAAGCAAAAUUAAACAGGAAAGAAAAAAAAAAUAGGAGGAAGGUUUAAUGUCUUUUUUCUUUAUUUGAGGUCUAACAAUGGCAGUUUGUAAAUCCUCUGUUUCUGUGAUGAACAUAUUGGAAUGCAUUUCAAGUAGUAA